AUGUCUGAAUCCAAGACAUUUUACCACUCAAUCAACAACAAUACAAAGUUCUUCCCAGUUCGUGCUAUUCUACAAAACACCACAGCCACGGUCAAUAAUCGAACCUUCUUUAUUCCAUCGGAAAAGGCAGUGCGAUCAGCCAUCGAGAGCAAUAUGUAUAACAACAAGACAGCAUUGGAAGAGUUGCUCUACUCAAUCUUACCAGCAGCGCAUGGCGUCCAUUCGCUCACCUCUUCCACUCAGCGUCAGUACGUCAAGACAAUGUCUGCCAACUAUUCUACCAUUAUUUUAUCCCCACCUACAUCUUCUGUGGACUUUCAAGCGCUUGCAGGCAUCACUGUAGCUAACAUUACGAAUUACACACUCUGUAGCAAUGGCAUUGUUUAUUAUGUGGACCAAUUCAUCACGGCUCCCUUAAAUGUAAUCAACACCAUCUCGACACUUUCGGAAUUAAAUCAAUUGGAAAACAUUAUAAAAUCACAGAAUCUAAGCAACAUCUUUACCGCCACAUCGAAUCAGACGAUAUUUGCUCCUAUUGAUGCAGCUUGGAGUACUUUGAAUGGCACCAAUAUCCCUUUUGGCACUAUGAUACACGACCUCAAGUAUCAUGUUGUGGACGGCAUCUACUAUCAGCAAGAUUUACUGAAUAAGAAUUUGACACUCGCCACCACCUACGCAUCAGCAACGAUACAAACCGAAUCUUAUGCCGAUGGCCGAACAGUAGUCAUUGGGGGUGCUUACACGGCGGACAGCAUGGAUGGUGUUGCAGAUGACACUACCCUGACAGUGGCGAACAUUGUGCGAAGCGACAUCUUGACAUCCUCGGGCACAGUAAUCCACUUGAUUGACAGGAUACUACCAGCAGAUUCCAAUCAUACAGUUUCUCUUGUGCGCGGUGGCGAUAUCGCUUCAAAUGUCACCAAAGCAAGGAACGCCAGUGCAGCAUCUGUGCAGAAAUCCUCAUCCGCAAGGGUUAAAUUGUUUGAUUAUGAUUUAUUUUUAGCUGUAUUUACCGUGGUCAUGACAUGCUACACUAUACCACAUUGA